UUCGGAGCGGCGAGUUGGUGUUCUGUCAUUUCCGGGUUGCCAAAAACCUCUCCGCGCCUUGCACGCUUGGGCUGGACUGUGGCUGACUUUCUCUUCCAGCUGCUCCUUCGGCUUGGAAAGAACAGGCUCUCAAUUAAACAGUGCCCACUCAUGUGUGAAUGAAAGAUCAAGUGUCAAUCUCUUAGUGAUGCCAAUGGGCUCUUUAUGGACAAACUGAAUGGACUAAAAAGAGAACUAAACAUUUCAGAUAAAUUUCAUACAAGAUUUGUGGGCAAAGGUACAAGAUACUCUUCUACAUCAAUAAGCCUGCAAUGUAAUAUAUAUUGAGAGGCACUACCAAGGAAAAAAUUGUGAAGCAAUGGAAAGAUCUGGGAAAGAACUUUCUAAAACUCUCUGUUGGGAAGACAAGGAAGUAAAUGGAAUGACUGAAGGUGUCUCUUGCCCCCUUUCACUUCCUUCUCCCCUUCUCUGCUUGAAUGGUGGGGAAAACAUGCAGGUGGAAAUGCUAGAGAAAGCCCAAGAGCUCUUCCGGCUCUGUGACAAGGAGGAGAAGGGCUUCAUAACAAAAUUUGACAUGCGGCGCUUACAAACUGAACUACCAUUCACUACUGAACAGCUGGAAGCUGUUUUUGACAGUCUGGAGCAAGAUAAUAAUGGUUACCUCACCCCAGUAGAAUUCAGUGUAGGCCUAGGCAAGUUCAUAGGAAUUGAGCAGCACCAGAACUCUGAAAGCGCCAGACACGAGGAGACAUUUGAGUCAAGCUGGUCAGAGGAAUUGGACAAGACAGAUGAGGGGGAGAAACAAUUUUGCUCUGUGCUGGAGCAUCUUGAAGCAUCCCAGGUCUUUGAACAUCAGGGUGAAAUUCAAGAACUUUGGGUUCGACUCCAGAAAGAACUGCCAGAACUCCUAGCCAGCUUUGAAGAGUUUGUUUUCCGUAUUUCCUCAUACAUCAAGGAUAUGCACCACGAGAAGGAAUCCAUGGAACUGGUAUUAAAACGGCGAGAGACAGACCAUGACAGAGAAGUCAAGUGUCUCUAUGAGGAAAUGGAGCAACAAAUUAAAGCUGAAAGGGAGCGGCUGCUCUACCAGGAGUCAACAAGGCUUGAGAAAAGCAACCUGCUUCAGAAAGAAUUGCAGAGCAAAGAGCAAGAAUUUGAGAAAAUGCUUUACCGGCAGAAAAAGUUGGAACAUCAGUUACAAUGCCAGAACUCUGAGCAGCUAGAAUUGCGAGUACAAAAUGAGAGAUUACGAAUACUGAGUGAAAAUCUCCUGGAUCAGCUGGAGAGGACCAAAUGGGAACUGGAAGUAACUCGAAGUCGCUUGCAAGAAUUGCAGAAAGAAGCCCAGGUAGAGCAGGAACAGAAGGACAGAGAUAUAUUUCAAGCCUCUAAGAAUAUGCAGAAAGAAAAACAAAGCCUCUUGCGUCAAUUGGAGCUCCUCAGGGAGAUGAACAAAAAGCUGCGAGAUGAGAGAGACACCGUUGAAGCUAAGAAGAUGGCCGGUCUGAAAAAGAAAAAAUUAAUCCCCAGCCACCUCUCCUUUGCCUGCUGUUGUUGCUGCCAUCACCUGGGGACAUUUCAUUUACCUGGGGGACACUAACAGGAACACUGGGUUUAACUGUUCCUUGGUAAGGGCGUUUCUUUCAUGAGUCUAAAUGGAGCAAGGACUGCAUUUUUGCAAACCCGGGUCAUUGCAAAAGAUCAGCAUAGCUUGCCUAUUCCUGACUUUACAAGAAAGACUCUCUAAACAGACAUUUGUUGGACUGGAAAGCACAGAGAAUCUUUUGCACUUUUUGUACUAAAGGUAAAAUGCAGAGGAUGCAUUAGCUGAAUCUAUGUAAAACUGAAUCUUCCUCAUGGAGUUAAAAAAAUACACAGUGGUUUUCUCUCUUCCUCUGUUGUCACUGUUCCUGACACCUCGGGAACUUGUACCUGCAAGCCCUGUGCCUUGCUCCAGUCCAUAGCUAACAACGCUGUGUGCUAGCUUUUUUGCCAUAUUUAUUCAUGACCAUACCUUUCAAGGUUUUUGUAGUUGUGUAGCUCUAUUAAAGACUUAAAGGGUGCAUGCAUAUCCCUUUCUGCAUCUUACCUAGGUCUGUUCCUGCAAUGGGACUUUUCUCUUCCCCCCCCAUUUUUCUAUGUAUGCAUGUGUGUACAUUUCCAUACAGACAUGCACACUUGUAUACAGUGCAUUUGGAAAUUAUUCAGACCCCCUUCACUUUUUUCAAU